CUAAUAAUAGGAUGUGAGACGAGUGGUACAAAUCUUCCGGAUCAUGCGUAUCCUGCGAAUCCUGAAGCUGGCCCGGCACUCGACGGGCCUGCAGAGCCUGGGAUUCACACUCCGCAACUCGUACAAAGAGCUCGGACUGCUCAUGUUGUUCCUGGCCAUGGGCGUGCUCAUCUUCUCCAGCCUGUGCUACUUUGCCGAGAAGGACGAGCCGGGCACCAAAUACACGUCGAUCCCGGAAACGUUUUGGUGGGCCGGGAUCACGAUGACCACCGUCGGUUACGGCGACAUCUACCCGGAAACCCCGUUGGGCAAGAUGAUCGGCAGCGUGUGCUGCAUUUGCGGCGUGCUCGUCGUUGCUCUGCCCAUCCCGAUCAUAGUCAACAACUUCGCCGAGUUCUACAAGAAUCAGAUGCGGCGGGAGAAGGCGGUGAAACGACGCGAGGCACUGGAGCGAGCCAAGCAGGAGGGCUCUAUCUUGUCCUUCCAGCACCAGCUCAACGUCAGUAAUAAGGACAACUUGUUUAACACCAAGUCCAUGGACCUAAUGGAUGUCAUGAUCAACACGGACUGGAAAUUAGGUGGUAAUUUCGAUCUAGAGGAAGUUAUUGUGAUGCCAGAAUGCCGUAGUGUUCCGGUGCACAUAAAUAACCCCCGAGUGUCCUGUCCAUUGAUGCGUGGCUUUUUGCUCUGCUCCCAUCCUCCAACCCCAUCAUCGUAUUGGCCGUGUCCCUCCAAACAUUGGCGAGCAGAUGAGCAAGGAAGGGACAUGUCGCAAGUGGAUGCCAACAGCGUGGGCAGCAACAGCAUUGCUGCUGGUGCUGGGAAGGGCGUCAGGACUGGUUCACAUCACUUCAAGAAUCAUGGUGCUGCCGUUGCCUCCAGCAACAGCCGUCGUGCGAGUGUCAACAGCAAUGGCAUAGGAGGAGGCGGAGUUGAUUUUGACAUGAAGGAGUUCAUGGAUGCCAAAAACUUCAUUCCCUUGGGCGCGAGUGAUAUGGGCGGAAAUGUCGCUUCGCAAAGACAUCAUUGCCGACGCCAGCAGCAAGAAUACAGCCAAUACCGGCAACGGAAGCACUCGAGUUCGUUCGCGGAGGUGUCAAUGCCGACACAGGUGCCGCUGGUGUCCACUGUGGCAGAUUGCAUUAGUAGUAGCAGUAGUAGUAGGAAAAAGGUGAUGCGCGGCGCGUCAGUGGGUGAUGUGGGCUCCAUCGCGAGUUCCGAAACCUACGCCACCUGCAACACUCACCCAUUUCCGUCAGAAGGGGAUCUGGCACAAACAGGGAAUGCUGCAGAAGGGGAAGAUGACGAAGAAGAAGAAGAAGAUGAGGAGGAAGAGGACAAUGCCAAGCUGCACAAUGGUGAUGGCAAUAAAACCUGUCACCUGCAGCACAAUAAGCAAGGGCGAGUCUACAUGAACCCGUUGGAUGAAUUGAUGAGUGCACUUGACAAAGAACGGGCGCAUCGACGACACAAGCACUUGCCGCCUCACAAGUGCAAAUCAGGACACCAUCGUCAUUCUGGCCAGCAAGAGCAACAGCAGCAGCAAUCAACGAAAACAACUGGGUUUGAGCAUAGGGUCCCUGCAGCAGCAGACGGCACCAGCACAGGUAUCAAUGAUGGUGGAAACCUGUUGUUGCUGGACAGUACUGCUGCUGGCGGGAAUCAAGACUUGGCGCCAGCAUCGCUGAACAGAGCCGUGUCGCGGACUAACUCCUCGCCUUGCAACACUAGAACGACAAACCAGUUGGCCUCUGUCAAGAUGCAGACAAGAUUUGGCACCAAAAUGGCAAAAAGUGCUGAAGAACCAUCUGACAGGAUGGAGACACCGAGUGGCUCUCUGAAACGCCAGACAAGGACUGCAGGUGGUGGGGAUGAAAUGCCCCUGUUGAGGCCAAAACGCAGCAAGCCAAAAGCCGCAGUUGGUGCUUUCCAUGAGCCAUCUUCUGCUGCAAAAGUGAUUCCAAUGGGACAAAGUUCUGCACCACUUGCACAGCCAGCCACUGCACUGUGA